ACUUAGUUCAUAAGAGAAGUUGUCUGACUUAUGAUUCGAGGUGUAGGUUAUGGGUCACUAUUGAAACGCAGUGUUAUGCGCCGAUAGAUUUAUGCGUCGUGAUUCAUGCCGGAUUGUUUACAGGAAUGAAAAGGAAAACUAAUUCAUUUUAAAAGUUGUCCGAAAUUUCAUCAAGUAUGGGAUGUUGCUACAGCUUUUGUAAAGAGGACACUGGACCCCAGAGCGGGGAAGUGAAUGAGAGGACCCAUCUUUUAGUAGAUCCUGUUAGUAAUAAUACAAACAUACCAAGAGUACAUAGUGAUGAUUAUGUUAAUCAAUAUGCAAAUUCUGAACCCAAGAAAACAGAUGAACAAAGUGCAUUGAACAGAAUUCUGCAUGAAACUGCUGCAAAUGUAAUAGAUAUUGGAGCAUUGGAUUCACAUAAUUUAGAGCAACAUGAAUAUAUGGAUAGAUCACGAGCUUAUGCAAAACGCAUAGAAGCAUGGGGCUUUAAGGUCCCGGAUAAUACAGUGUGUCUCCUUAAAGAUAUCCCUGCACCGGAAAGAAUACUCGCAUCUAAUCCACUUGCUGCUGGAGAUCAUGAACUUAUCACCGGUAUGCUCAAGAAUGCAGUAGUUGCAUUAAAUGAUAUUAAAGUAGAGCAUAAGGAAGAUUUGGUAGUACCUUUCUUAUCGUGAUCUUACAGUAAUUCCAUCGACAGGAUACAACAUCAUCCUGUUUAAAUGGAAUUAAAAUGUCAGGAGACACAAAAUAUCUAUCUUAUCAAACUGAGCUCAGCGAUAAUUUGAUUUGAGUCUGAAAUAAUAUUAGAGCUUGUUCAAAAAUGAAUAUGAAGUAAAUAUUAAGCGCAAUGGUAUAUUAUAAUUAAGUUUGAAUGAUAGGUCUGCUCUCGUAUAAAAAUAUAUUUAAAACUAAGGCUUGAGAAAUUUUUCAACAUGUAAUAUAUUUGUUAUUGGAUGAAAAAAAAAAAAAAAAGAAAGAAAAAAAAAGAAAGUCGGCUUUUUUUUUUUUUUUUCUUUUUUAUUUUUUCCUUUGAAUUUGUUCCUUAAGAUUAAUUAUCAAUUUGAUAAUAUUUUUUUCUUUUUGUAUAGCUUAUUUAUAAUCUCUCGCGUGUGUUAAGCUGAUUUGUUGUUGUAGAAUUUAUAUUAUAUUUUUGAUCUCGUUUAUUCCUUGCUAAAUUUUUUCAAUAUUUUCCAUUCUGUGAUUUUUACGAACAACUACGAGAAAUCUUUUGGAAAAGAUUUCCUAUGAUUAACAAUUGAUAAUGUUAUUAAUAAAUGUGCAUUUUUAACGAGAUCGAAAAGAUAGGGAUUUAUAUUAAGAAGAAAGACAAGGUAUGUAAUAUUUUAUCGUGGCUUCAAACCCCAAUUUUAAAAAUGAAACGAUAAAAAUUCAACUGCAUAAUAACAUUAUGAAAAUAUGUUUUCACACUAAUAAAAUACAUAUAUAAAAUA